AUGCCCCAGCUGCAGCCUGGCGAGGCCCUAGUCGAGGUCAAGGCCAUUGGUUUGAACUUUGCGGACGUAUUCUGCUGCCUCGGGCUCUACCAAGCGGCCCCCAAAGGCGCCUUCACACCCGGCCUGGAAUUCGCGGGCGUGGUGACAGAUGUGCACCCAGACAAUCCCGACGACAGCAGCGGCGGCGGCCAAACCCCAAGCAUCUCGCUGCGGCCCGGGGACCGCGUUAUGGGCGUCACCCGUUUCGGCGCGUUUGCGUCGCACGUUGCGCUCGCAGCAGGCUACCUUCGACCAAUCCCCGACGGCUGGAGCUUCGCCCAGGGUGCCGCGUUUGCCGUGCAGGCCCUGACGGCAGCGUACGGGCUGCUCGUGCUCGGCGACCUCCAGGCCGCGUGCAAGCGCCGCCCCGGCGGCGCCACCGUGCUGGUGCAGAGCGCGGCGGGCGGCGUGGGGCUGCAAGCCGUGGCGAUCUGCCGCGCGUGUGGGGCGCGCGUGCUGGGGCUGGUUGGGAGCGACGGCAAGGUCAAGACCAUGAGGCAGAUUUUGCACCAUCAACCCGGCGGCGGCGGCGGCGUGACAUUGAGCCCUGAAAUCACCGGCAGCGGCAGCGGCAGCGGCGGCGGCAGCGGCGGCGGCAGCGGGGGCGACGAGGCCGCAGCCCUCGGGGUGGGGGUCGUCGCAAGGGUCAGGGGCGAUGCGGCCGUGAGGGCGCAGCUGCAGGGCUACCUGCGGGCGCGUGACCUGGAGGGCUUUGACGUGUUCCUGGACAGUGCGGCGGGGGAGUACCUGCAGCCAGGAUACGUCGUCUUUGGCGCCGGCACCCUGACCCCGCCCCCCGGCAUCAGCCUUGCGCGCGACUGGCGGCUCCUGUGGCCCCCAAACCUGCUCGCUGCACUGCGGCUUCUGCUCAGCUGGGCCACGCGGCCGCGGCUGGACGUGCUAACCAUGCCAGGCGAGAACAAGGGUGCCCUGGGGUUCAACCUCAUCUGGCUAUACCAGAGGGCGGAUCUCAUGGCGGACCUGUUUGACCAGGUGCAGGCGCUGCACCUGCCGCCGCCCCAUGUGGGGCUGGUGGAGCCGUGGGAGCGGCUGCCAGCAGCGCUGGAGGCGCUGCAGGGCGGCGGGACUGUGGGCAAGGUAGUGGUAGUGGUGGAUGGUGAUGGGUGA